GUCAAUAGGAUUUUUGUUCAAGUUUCAUAAUUUUCUUUUCCGGCAAAAAUGUUUAUUUCUGUAAAAUAAACAUACCUUUUACAACAAUUUCGACAUGACUUGUGUACUUGAUUUAUAUUGUGAAAAUGCUUCAGAUUUUAUUAUCUCAAGUGUAUAUAUUAAGGUUUUUGUAGAAGUGACACACUGAAGAAGGAACCUUUCAGAUACGAGGACGACCGGAGGUGUUUUGCUGUGGCAUAUGUAGCACCAACAUCCGGUUGUCAACAUGUAGUUGACCUCAAGAGUAUUGGCUGACAAUUUGACGAAUAAUAUCGACCGUUGCCCAUUUUGUUUGACUGUGAGACUGCAGAGACGAGCGAAGGAGGACGAUGGCUCCGUUUUACCGUCUAUUUUCGGUCGUUUUGACAACGUUGUCGACAUUUAGCCUGUUAGCAUUAGCUUGAAGUGCGGCUCCAAGUCCCAGUUGGUUUGCAAUUUUCAUAGAGCAGUCGACAGUAACGAGAAGAUGUAUUUGGUUGGCCUGACGGGCGGUAUCGCCUCUGGGAAAAGCACAGUGUCAUCAAUGCUGCGUGAGCUCGGCUGCCCUAUCGUCGAUGCGGACGUCGUUGCCCGAAAAGUGGUGGAGCCACGCUCGCCUGCCCACUCGCGCAUCGUCUUCCAUUUCGGGCGUGAGAUUCUGCUGGAGAACGGCGAGAUUGACCGUCAGAAGCUUGGCCGCAUUGUCUUUGCAGAUGCGGCGAAGCGCAAGCUGCUCAACUCCAUCACGCACCCGGAGAUUCAUAAAGAAAUGUUCAAACAGAUUGUGUACUACUUCCUCAGAGGUUACCGCUACGUUGUGCUGGAUGUGCCACUUCUCUUUGAAACCAGAAAGCUCACACAGUUUCUUAAUCACACUGUUGUCGUUUACUGCGAUCCCGCCACUCAGCUGUCACGCCUGAUGCAACGGGACGGCUUGACGCAGGAGGAGGCCGAGCAGCGGCUAGCGGCGCAGAUGCCGCUCAACGAAAAGCGCGGCCUAGCUAGCCAUGUCAUCGAGAACUCAGGCACGCGAGAGGACACACACCGCCAGGUCUUGCGGCUUCACACCAAGCUGGAGGACUCAAUGGACUUCCUUCUGGUGCGGGUGCUAGCCGUGGCCGCCACCGCCGGUCUGGGCGGGGUGCUGCUAUACGCCGCCAAGAUGAUUUUGUCCUAAGGUGGGAUGACGGGAAUGUUGUGUUUUAACUGUGAGGUUAGUCAUGUUGUCAGCAACAUUUAGUAGGAUUUCUUACAAACCAUGCACUUUAAUUACUCUAGAAAGGAACUGACUUUGACUUUUUUUUUUGAUGGGGGGGUAUCUGUCAAAGUGUAAUGAAGUGAAGUAUGUCUUUUCGACUGUCAGAUGAAUUUAAAAGGAACAUUUUCACCAUGUUUGUCACCAUAGGUUUAGCUGAAAAAAAUGCUUUAACACUACUAAUCUUGUGUCAUAUUUUGUACAAUUUCCUACUGAAUUCUCAUGAGGACACUUGACAACCACAUUUAUUAGCUUAACUUGCACUGACGAGUAAAUGUAUGAUUUAUCCACGUGCAAUUAACUUUGGUUUUACUGUAACGUAAAGAAUAGGAGAGUCCACGAAGCUAAUAGAUAUUUUUAUUUUACACUUUUAGCGUUUUGUCACACAUUUUAGUCACUUUAAAGUCACAUACAGUAGGGCUGCCACAAACCUUUUUUUGGAGUAGUAUAUGCCCGAUUAUAUUUAGUGAAAAGUUGAACUUUGAAGAAUCUAACUGUAUGUGUUUUCCAAAGCAAAAGCAAAUGUUUGCAAAUAUAAGUUGACUUUCGUUGACGACUACAGAAAUACACAUAUAUUUACCGUUUAGAGCAGGGGUGUCAAAUGUACGGCCUGCUAGGGCAGGGGUCCCCAACCUUUUUUGCACCACGGACCGGUGUGAUUUGUGCCUUUUUUUUCAUGGACCGCUGGUCUGUCAAAUUUUGCACCCUUAUUAAAUUUUGCUCCCAAAGCUUUUGUGGCGGUGAAAAAAGCCCUCUUUUAUAUUCAGUUGGACUCUCAUUGUUAUCCAACGGUGCUAAAAAAAAAACUAUUGACAUCAUAGACAUAUGUGCAACACGAAAAUGGCGUAAAUUAAUGCUUAACGACACGGUCAAGUCUUUAAGUGAGAGAGCUACGAGCAGUUGUGUGCAGUUAACAUGGCAAAUGUAAGUUAAUAUUCCUUUCUUUAAAGAAAGUUUGUAGUGUUUACUUUGGAAUCGCUGCAUUCGCGGUCAUUGUUAACGUUACGCGCAUGCCAAAUUUGUCGGAACACCGGCAACGUGCGUCAGAAAAAUACAGUAAAUAUAAAAUAACAUUUGUUUUUAGCCCCGUCGUGUUAAGUGCAGGGAAAAUACAACUCACCCGCUGAAUGGCGUACCGCAAGCAACACGUCACUUCCGCUCAUUAAUAUUCAUGACAUUAGCUACUGUUGCUAAGUAGGGACAGGCCACCGUUUGUCCCUAAUAGAAAAUGAAUGGAAAUCGUGUACGAAGGAGAUGUUUACAGAGUUAAACCUACCAAUUCUCUCAGAAAAUGAUGUGCCUGGUGCCAAAUUGACUGGCAAAGAUGUGGAAGAACAUAAAAAUGUUCAGUUAAAGAGAUGAAUUUAGUGUCUAAGGCUGAAAAAGACGAAAAAAAACGAGCCGACCUAAGCAUAGCUUCAGCUUUUUUUACCGACGCGACUGACAAUGACAUUCUCCUGUUUCAACAAGCUAUCCUUUACCAUCAGCCCUGUCUUUCUUAUAUAUCCUCUGGUUGCCCUACGUCUCUUACCGUUCUUGGGGGUAAUUUAGUUAGCUUUGUGUAGCGAUCGCAAAUGCUACUCAGUGACAGCCAACGAACACUUUUAAUUUUUUCAUUGACAACACAUCUUAAUCCUAUAAUUUAUUUACACUUCCCCCUUACUAAAGUUGUUUUUUUAUAUAUAUAUAACAGAAACGGUAACAGUGGAAGUCAGAUACCAUUGUAAUUCUUUUCAGGUCAUUCAUUGUCAGACAGAAGCAGUACGGCACAACGUUACGCUAAAGAAAUAAGUUAAAAAUAUAAAAAUGGCUUACCUCUUUGUCCUCUGAAAGACCAUGCCAACCCAACAUAAUGUUUACUGCAUAUGAAACGUGAAUGGAUUUGCCGAGCUGGUGUUAAAGUCCGCGCAAGUUGAACGUAUGAAGAAAACAUCCUCAUGUGUCGUAAUGUCUAGAGUCGUUUCUACAAGUUCCAAAAAAGCAAUGUGUGAUCGGCAUGUUCGUUUUUGAAAGAUUACCAGAGAAAAGUAGCACUAAUUACGUUGGGUCUAUGCGAGGGCGGUUCUAUAAUGUCCCACUUCGGCUUUACUUCCGCUUUACGUUGCGACGUCACGGUCUAAAAAUAGCCUGCGUGCGGUACGCCAUUAGUGGGAGGCCUGAGAUUGUUUCGUUGUGACGAGAUAGGAGAAGGAGAGAAGCUAGCUUCACAAAGACAUGAUGUUGGAAAUUGUUGCAGUUUUUAGUGCGCUCCUAGCAAUGUCAGGAUAUUCCGAAAUGACUUUAGUCCAGAACCUCGGUAGAGUUGUUGUCUCAAAUGUACGUUUAAGGUCGCUGUGAUUUGCGAUCUCUACAAGCUGAUAUUCCUGUUGCACAGACAUGCUCGAAUCACUCGGUUUAUUCACAUACGGGUCACAAUUCCACUCCUUCGGAGUUCGUGGGUCUUUAGUGAUUGGGAAGUAGCAUAGAUUUAGUUUUCUUCGAGGUUGUAGGCUUAUCUUCUGGCCCGUCAGGUUCCCUUUUCCCCAUAAAAAAAAAAAAUCUUUCCAAAGACGUCUGUUUUUCAGUCAUUCUAGUGUGGGGGCUAUUUAUUUCCGGGAACAAAUUUGAUGUGUGACGUCAUACGUUAUUAUCGAGGCCAAGCACACAUAGAUAUACAAAACAAGAUGUACUGCUAACAGUCCAAUCAAUGCAUUUCUAUGACGACAUCCUAUCCUGUAGUUGUAUAUCUAGAGUAGACAAGGAUAUUGGUGUGUUAAGCGGCACAGGCCAAAGUCAAUCGGCCAGAAUGCAGUUGUUAAUAAAUUAUUUAUUAUUUCUGCGCAGCCCGGUACCAAAUGCGCCACGGACCAGUCGUUGGGGACCCCUGUGCUAGGGGGUUCAAUCCGGCCCCCUGGUGGUGUUGUUCUGCCUGAUGGGCAUGUUUUAGCUUAUUCAUACUGUUUAUACAAAAUGACAUGCUUUUAUUUUGACAUUGACGCACUACUGCGCUUGGCUCAACUUUUGUGUCGGCAGUUACAUUCGUCCCAUCCCAAUCAAAAUGUAUUGAACGGCUAGCUCCAUCAAUGGCACCCAACAGAAAGUUACAUAAAAUCAGCUGGUAGUAAUCUUGAAAUGCCCUAAAAUCAAUAGGAAGCAUCUUGGAAAUGCCUGAAAAAUCAACAGUAAAUGAUCCAAAAUUGACACGAAGUGAGCCGUAAAAUGAGAUGGAAGUGAUUCAUUGCCUGCCAUUGACAAUGAUAGAUGUCCAACUCGAUUGACUGACUGAGAAAGCUCAUUUUCCAGUGCCAUUGACAGUGCUCGAUGUCCAAUCUAUUUUGACCGAGAAGGGCAAGGACGUUCAAUCACAACUCCCAGUCAAAAUAGAUUGGACGUCGAGCUCUGUCAGUGGCAGCCAGUAAAUAAGUUAUUUGGCCAAAAAUAAACUAGUCCGGCCCUCAUGAGAUCUAAUUGCAAUAAACGUGGCCCGUGAACCAAAGUGAGUUUGACACCCCUGGUUUAGAGGCUCUAAGAAAACUUGAACAAUAUUUAGGUAAACAAUCUGUGAACGAUUAAUUGAUUAUAAAAGUUGUUUUGGUUCAUUUGAUAAUCAAUUCGGCGAUUAAUCGUGGUAGCUCUAAUGCACAGAGUACCUGAGCUUUUGCCAGACCGAAUGUAUUUGACAAUCCACUAAAGAUGUUGAAGUGAGUGAGUUCUAGAACUUUGCUGUAUUUUCUUACUCAUGAUUUCCUUUCUUGAACCCCCACCCUCUGUGAACUUUCUUUGUAAAACUGAAUAUAAACUAAAUCCAACACUGAUUUUUGAACAACUUCUUCCUGAGGGUUUCGACCCAAGUAGGUAAGAUUGCCAAUGGCAAAUAAUAGAAAACUUUCUUGAGGAGAAGACAAACAUCAAGCAAAAAGGAAAAAAGAAGCGGAUGAAGCCAUGACGUCACCCUUCGCCAAUGUAUGUCACUUGGCUUGGUCCAAGGCCCCCCAAGCCACCGCGUCACUAAUGUGGAGUGAUGGGUGGCGGGGGUGUGCAUUUAAACAUACACUUGCACAAGGACAUAAUGUACCAAACACUAGUUUAUAGUUACCAGUACUGCUACCUGGAAAAUAUACCUUAGGGAUGUGUCAAUAUAUCAAAAAGGUCAUAUAUUGAUGCACUUUGUAGCCCAAAAGUUUAUCGAUAUGCUCCCACUAAGAAUCUAUCCUGUGGUACCUCUACUUACGAACGUCUCUACAUACAGAAUUUUCAGGUUAAGAUAUGCCUCAACAGGAAAAUAUUGCCACUUGUUACGAAAGAAAUUUCAGCUUACGAAAGGCAUACCUGUCAACCUAACAAGUCCCUCCAGAAACUGCAGCUCCUCCAGAACUCAGCAGCACGCCUCAUCACUCGAACCCCGGCAACACACCACAUCACCCCCAUCCUCCGUCAACUUCACUGGCUUCCCGUCAAACAAAGAAUCAACUCCAAGAUCCUCAUCAUCACCUUCAAAAUACUUCAUGCCCUGGCCCCUCCCUACCUUUGCGAUCUUCUCCGUCUUAACAAUCCAACCCGUUUACUUCG